CUGUUACGUAAAAAAUGGAACGCUUUCACCUCUCGCGCGAUUUCAACCCAGCGCAGUGUAGGAGUUCCAGCAGCAGAGAAGGGGAGAGGCUCUUUGUGUGAGAUGGGGGACGAUCGACCUUUUGUGUGCACCGCCCCAGGCUGUGGACAGAGAUUUACCAAUGAAGACCAUCUAUCAGUCCAUAAACAUAAGCAUGAGAUGACCCUAAAAUUUGGUCCUGCCAGAACUGACUCCGUCAUCAUCGCAGACCAGACCCCCACGCCCACCCGCUUCCUGAAGAACUGUGAGGAGGUGGGUCUGUUCAAUGAGCUGGCCAGCUCCUUCGAACAGGAGUUCCGGAAGGCCCAUGAGGACGACCAGAGGAACAAAAACCCGCUCCCCACCCCUCAUCUUCUGGCACCACCCUUACAGACCCUGUCUGGGGUGAAGGAGGAGGAUGAGGGGCCUCUGGAGGUUGACUCCUCCCCGCCAGGCAGUCCUGACUCCACCUCCAGCAUGUCGGACAGUAGCAAGGAGCCAAUGGGGAGAGGAAAAGAGACUCUUCCUCCUCCACGGCCAGUGUUGAGCUCCACCCCCACGCCAACCAUUGUACGGCCUGGGUCCCUCCCCAUUCACCUUGGUUACGACCCCCUGCACCCGACACUGCCGUCGCCGACUUCUGUCAUCACACAAACCCCACCCUCCAACAGACAACUGGGCUCUCCGACAGGCUCCUUCCCACUGGUAAUGCAUCUCCCCAACGGACAGACGGUCCCUCUCCUCCCCAGCCCAAAUAUGACCUCAGUCAUAUCUCUGGCGAGGCCAUUUAAUAUGGUGCCCAACAUCCCUGGGAUUCCAGGCCCUCCGAUUGGUGGGACCAGCAGCGGCUCCUCCUCCCCAUCUGGGUAUAGUCUACACUCGGAGGCCAAGAUGAGGCUGAAGGCGGCGCUGACCCUGCAACAGGCACAGGGGGGGUGGGAGGGGGGGCCAGGGUCCAGCCCCGCUGUCCCCCAGAGACAUGAGCAGAGCCAGCAGCCCUCGCAGCAUUCUGACACCCCCUCACCUGCACAGCCACAGGUAUCCCCGGCCCAGCCCACCGGGGGUAGGAGGCGGCGGGGUGCGGAGGCCGACCCAGAUGAGAGAAGGCAGCGCUUCCUGGAGAGGAACAGGGCGGCGGCAUCUCGCUGCCGACAGAAACGCAAGGUUUGGGUUGGCUCACUGGAAAGGAAGGCAGAGGACCUGGCUACCAUGAACGUCUCUUUGACCAAUGAAGUGGGUCUGCUGAGGAACGAGGUGACACAACUGAAACAGCUGCUACUGGCCCACAAAGACUGCCCUGUCACUGCCAUGCAGAAGGCGGCUGCCUACUUAGCUGCAGGAGGAGAGGAGAGCUCCAGGGAUCCCCCCUCCGAGCCUACGGGCUCCACAGCCUUGGCCAUCCAGCACGGGCCUUCGGCCCCUGUCCCCAGCCCUGGUGCCAUCACCGUCAACGGGCUGAGCGUAUGCGCGGCUGAGGCAGUGGCCAUGUCGGUCCUGGCCGGGAUGGGGGCGGCCCACCAGGGAGGGGUCCUCAUGGCGCCACAGCCUCAGCCCGCCCCCAGAUGAUGCGCAGGGAGCCAAUAAGAACAUUAGAAGGCCGGACUGGUACAAUUAUGUGAGCGAUUGAAAGGGACCUGAUUUGAAAUCUGAAAUCCCACCAGUUGUUAAUAGAAGGGGGGGUGAGAAGUACUGUCUCCAACCUAUGCUCAGACCUUGGAUACAGUGGCAGCCAGGAAAGGAUGUUGGGAGUUGACAUCCUGUCAAAGCCACACAAACCCCCCCACCCUACCCCCCAAACACACACACACACUCGCUCACAGCCAAUGAUAAUCACUGAACGAGUCGUCCCGCCCCUUUUCUGAUGAAUCCCUGCUUGGAAGCACUGUCAUUGCGUAUGUACAUACUCUCACCCCGUGAAAUACACACACUCGAUCACUGAAUGUAGUGUGUUUUUGUCUAUUUGCAACUCUCCCCUGUCUACAGUGUAAAUCUCUCCUUACAUAUUUAUCUUCUUCAUGCAGCUGUUAAUCCAUGGGGAAACUAUUUUUAGGGCUGAAUAAGCGUGAGAUAUUGUUUUCCCUUUGUCAUGGAGUGAGCCAAAGUAUGAGUAUAUUCAAUGUCUGGCCUUUAAAAAAAUUUGUAUUAUUAUUGUUUUUUUAAAAUAGGAAUUCUGCAUUCUGACAAUGUGUAUGAAACCCCUUAUUGACUGCAUGGAUAUUAGAGGAGACUGAUGAA